CAUCCUUCUUCCCAUUAUCUAUAUCUGGGCAUAUAUACACAUCACAAUAAAACCACCAUGUCUUCCAUCAACCUCGAAGACGUCGCCUCAGCUCUGCGCACCGCACGCACAUCAUCCAAACCCAUCGACGCCCCCACAAAGACCUGGCCGGGCCUCAACGCAGACGACGCCUUCAAAAUCCAGCAACUCAACUCUACGCACGCGAUACAGAAUGGCGACCGCCUGGUGGGCUACAAACUCGGCAACAUCGCCAAGGUAAUGCAGAGCGCCUUCGGCCUCGACCACCCGGACUACGGCUUCCUGCAUUCCAGCCUAUUCGUCUACGAGGGGACGAGCAUCCGUCGAGAACAGUUCAUCAAGCCGUUUGUGGAGCUCGAGGUUGGCUUUGUGUUGAAAGCGCCGCUCAAGGGUCCGAACGUCACUGUCGCCGAUGUUAUUAGCGCGAUUGACUAUGCGGUGCCCGCGAUUGAGAUUAUCGAUUCGAGGGUGAAGGAGUGGGCGAUUGAUCUGCCGGAUACGUUGGCGGAUAAUGGAUCGACGGGGGCGGUGAUUGUUGGUGGGAUGCCGAGGAGGUUGGCAGACCUUACACUCAGUAACAUGAGGGGGGUGUUGAAGUUCAAUGGGCAGGAGGUCAUGGCUGGGAAUACGAAGAAUGUGCUGGGCAACCCGAUUUCGGCGGUUGCGUGGCUGGUGAAUCGGUUGGCGGAGUAUGAGAUUGAGUUCUUGCCGGGACAGUUUAUUUUGCCGGGGAGCUGUCUUGAGGCUGUUCCGAUGGAGGACAAGGGGGUUUGGGAGUGUACUUUUGAAGGGUGGGGGACUGUCGAGUUUGAGGUUGUAUAG